ACCCACCAGGCAAUACCAUACGAAUAUUAAAUAACAGGUAGCCCAUUUAAUUAUUAGUCAAAAGCAAUCGACCUGCACAUAACCGUUUAACUGACCAAUUGUUGUUUUGUUGUUUGAUUGAGAAUCGAAUUAAAAAACAAAUAAUCAAAGGCCAUACGGUAUCUUUUCAGAUCGUCAAUCUGAACAUAUGCUAAAGUGUUGUUUGUUGCAUUUGUUUUUUAAAUAAAUCAGAUUGCAUUUUCUCAUUUAGGAAUGGACGAGAUGAUCAAGUGCAGGCGCAUGACCAAGUACGAGCAGGCGACGAGGCCGCAGUCGGCUGCAUCCAGGCAGGAGACCGAGAUGAUGAACAAGUCGAAAAGGGAGGCGGCUGUGACAAAAGACGCCCUGGAGAAGGUGAGACUCCUCUGUCAGUCCAGAGGCACGACCGGCUUCCUCGAGUUCGGCAGGGCUUUGAGGAAAGGGACGACCGAGAACAUGAACCUGGAGGAUUUCGAGAAGGGGAUGGCCGAGGCCGGAGUCCAGCUGGACAAGGACGAAGUCGCUGAGCUCUUCGAAAAGCUGGACAAGAGCGGUUCCGGGACCGUCACUCUCAACGACGUCAUAUCCGCUGUGAUGCCGAAGCUUCCCGAGUCGAGGGUGAAGACCAUCAGCGACGCCUUCGACAAGCUGGACAAGGGGAACGAGGGUGCCAUCACGAUCGACGGGAUGCGAGGCCUCUACUCCGUCAAGAAGAACACGAAGUUCCUAUCCGGAGAAGAGACGGAAGAAGAGAUCAAACAGAAGUUUUGCUCAAUUUUCGAAAAGGGGAUGAGCUCUGGGAAGAUUUCCAGGGAGGAGUUCUUCCACUACUACUACGGCAUCUCGGCUUCAAUCGAGUCCGACAUUCACUUCGAUCUCAUGAUGCGACAAACUUACAAGCUCUAAUUUCUAGUCCGUCUGGCGAGAAAUGUCGCGUAGCUUUGGCUCUUCUAGGACAUUUCUCUGUGUCAUUUGAUUAGAAAAUAAAAUCGAUUUAUUAAAAUAA